CGUAUAAAAUAUAGUGAUUUUAAUCUCUUUGAUUCGUAUUGGUCAUUGGAAUUUGUUAAAAUAUCUCUAGAUUGAUUAAAGAUAGAUUAUUAUAGUUUAAAUUUCAAAAUUCAAAUCUUGUAAGGAUUAAAAAAUACAAUAUUAUUGGAAAUCGCGAAUUAUUAGAGUUUUAUAUAUAUUAUUCUAAAAUAUAGCCUUCGCUUGCAAAAUGUCUUUUGUAAAGCACUUUGUAAGGCGGGUUGUCGCACCGGUUGUUUCCGUUACUAAAAAGUCGAAUUUCUCUACUACUGCAGCUGCCUUUGUACCGAGAGUGCAAAAACCAGCCCCAGAUUUUGCAGCAACAGCAGUUGUGAACGGAGAAUUCAAUCAACUAAAACUUGCAGACUUCUCUGGAAAAUAUGUUGUUCUUGUAUUCUAUCCUCUAGAUUUUACAUUUGUGUGCCCGACAGAACUAAUAGCAUACAGUGAGAGAGCGAAAGAUUUUGCUAGCAUUGAUUGUCAAGUACUUGGAGUAUCAACUGACUCGGAAUUUAGUCAUCUUGCAUGGAUUAAUACACCAAGAAAGGAUGGUGGCUUAGGAAAAUUGGACAUCCCCUUGUUAGCUGAUUAUAAGAAAAAAAUGUCACAGGAUUAUGAUGUACUGCUGGAUGAUGGUUUUGCACUGCGAGGUCUGUUCAUAAUCGACAGGAAUGGGAUAUUAAGGCACAUGUCAGUGAAUGACUUGCCUGUUGGACGAUCAGUCGAGGAAACACUCAGAUUGGUUAAAGCCUUCCAAUUUGCUGAUAAACAUGGCGAAGUGUGUCCUGCCAAUUGGAAUCCAGAAACAAACUCAGAUACAAUCAAACCAAGCCCACAGGAGAGUAAAGAAUACUUCAAGAAAGCUAAUUAAUUAUAAUGAUUUAGUGUAUACUGCAUAAUAAUGUAAAGGGAAAAAUGUAAUUUUAAAUAUAUAUUGCUAGAUAAUA